GAGUCAGCGCCGAAUCCAUAUUCAAUGGCAGAACUACCAGUGAAUAUGGCGGCGGCCAAUGAGGCUGACGAAGAUCUGUGCCCCAUAAAAGAAGUUGAUAUGACUGUACCAAAAACUGAUGAUCCUACUACUCCUGUACUUACAUUCAGAAUGUGGUUUCUUGGAAUCACUUCUUGCGUUUUGCUAUCUUUUGUAAAUCAGUUUUUUUGGUACAGAACUGAGCCGUUGACGAUUUCGUCGACGGCUGUUCAGAUUGCUGUUGUCCCUAUAGGUCAUCUCAUGGCGAAAACUAUAACGAAGAGGUUGUUUUUUGAGGGUACGCGUUGGGAGUUUACGCUAAAUCCAGGGCCAUUCAAUAUAAAAGAGCAUGUCUUGAUUACGAUUUUUGCAAAUGCUGGUGCUGGAAGUGUUUAUGCUACUCAUAUUUUGAGUGCUGUUAAGCUUUACUACAAGAGACCACUUAGUUUUUUUCCUGCUUUGCUUAUCAUGGCCACAACUCAGAUGUUAGGUUUUGGUUGGGCUGGUAUUUUCCGGAAGCAUUUGGUUGAGCCAGCAGAGAUGUGGUGGCCAGGCAGUUUGGUUCAGGUCUCCUUAUUCAGGGCUCUGCAUGAAAAGGAGACUAGACCAAAGGGUGGUACAACUCGGAUACAGUUCUUCCUCAUAGCCUUAGUUUUCAGCUUUGCAUACUACAUAUUUCCUGGUUAUCUUUUCCAGAUGUUAUCCUCAUUUUCUUGGAUCUGUUGGCUGGCUCCGAAAUCUAUUUUGGUUCAACAAUUGGGUUCUGGCAUGCGCGGGCUUGGCAUUGGUGCUUUAGGAUUUGAUUGGACGACGAUUUCUUCAUACCUUGGAAGUCCUCUAGCAAGUCCAUGGUUUGCCACUGCAAAUGUUGCAGCUGGUUUUGUACUUGUAAUGUAUUUGAUGACUCCACUCACUUAUUGGUUCAACGUUUACAACGCCAAGAAUUUCCCUAUAUUUUCUUCCAGCCUCUUCACGCUAAAUGGGACGAAAUACAACACUGAGGGAGUCAUUAAUUCACACUUUCAGCUUGAUAUAGCUGCCUAUAAUCAAUAUGGUCAGUUGCAUUUGAGCACUUUCUUUGCCAUGACAUAUGGUCUUGGAUUUGCUGGUCUUACUGCUACUCUCGUCCACGUUUUUCUCUUCCAUGGAAGAGAAAUGUGGAAUCGAUCCAGAGAAGCGUUAAAACACAAACCAGAUGUGCACACAAGGCUAAUGAAAAGUUACAAGCAGGUCCCUAUGUGGUGGUUCCAUGUUGUUCUUGUAGCAAAUAUGGUAUUAAUCUUCUUUACUUGUCAGCAUUAUCUUGAAACAUUUCAAUUGCCUUGGUGGGGUAUCUUGCUAGCUUUUGCUAUAGCACUGGGUUUCACUCUACCCAUAGGAAUAAUUUCAGCCACUACAAACCAGCAACCAGGUCUUAAUGUCAUCACAGAAUAUAUUAUUGGUUAUCUAUACCCUGGCCGCCCUGUCGCUAACAUGUUGUUCAAGGUGUAUGGGUACAUAAGUAUGUCCCAAGCUCUUAGUUUUGUCUAUGAUUUCAAGCUUGGUCACUACAUGAAAAUUCCUCCCAGAGCAAUGUUUAUGGCUCAGAUGCUGGGCACAUUCAUAUCGAUAAUUAUCUACACCAUUACUGCUUGGUGGCUCAUGGACACGAUACCAAAUCUCUGUGACAUUUCUGUGUUGCCAGACAACAGCCCGUGGCAGUGUCCAAUGGACCGUGUAUUCUAUGAUGCGUCUGUUAUAUGGGGGCUCAUUGCGCCAUUGAGAAUAUUUGGACCACUUGGUGUCUACCCUAAUGUCAAUUGGUUCUUUCUUGGAGGAGCCAUUGCCCCUGUACUAGUUUGGUUGGCACACAAAGCUUUCCCUAAGCAAAAGUGGAUUUCCCACAUACAUAUGCCUGUCCUAUUGGGCGCAACAGCAAUGAUGCCUCCAGCAAGCUCUGUCAACUACACGAGCUGGCUAAUUUUGGCGUUCCUCUCUGGUUAUGUUGUUUAUAGACGCUGGCCUCACUUGUGGGAACGUUACAACUACGUUUUAUCUGGUGGUCUGGAUGCCGGAACUGCUUUUAUCGCCAUUUUGUUAUUCCUUGCUAUACAAUCCAAAGAUAUCAAUAUCGACUGGUGGGGAAACAAUACAGAUGGAUGUCCGCUGGCUGCUUGUCCCACCGCUCCAGGCAUUUCUGCUAAAGGAUGUCCAGCCAUUUUCUAAAAUUUUUUUUUACCAUCAAGUCUUCAGUCUUUUCAACAUCCUGUACAUAAUCUCGGUCAGAACAUGCACUUAUUAAUUUAAGAGUUCUCUAAGAUUCCAACUGUUCUUAGGUUAUAUUAUGAUAAACAGCAGUUUUCGGUGUGUAGGAGUAUUACUUUUUUCUUCUGUUUGGCAUUUGGACGUGAAGCUCCCUUCAGUAUAUGUUUAUAC